AUGCAAAGCUAUUACCCUCAGAAGCGGAAAGGAAUUGAAAGAGACUCCAAGGGAGACUCAAAAAGAGAAGGAGAGGGCAGUUCAAAUGCCAAAGAAGAAGCACAAACACUUGUUCCCAACCCAUCAAAAGAGAAAGAAGAUCUGAGGUCAUAUGUCCCAAAGGCUCCUUACCCUCAACGCUUAAUGAAAAAUGCAAAAGACAGCCAAUUCUCCAAAUUUUUGGAGAUCUUCAAGAAACUUCAGAUCAACAUUCCCUUUGCAGAAGCACUAGAACAAAUGCCACUUUAUACUAAGUUUCUGAAGGAAUUGAUGACCAAGAAAAGAAGCUGGAGGAAUGAUGAAACUGUGAUCUUAACUGAGGAAUGUAGUGCUAUCAUCCAACACAAGCUGCCUCAAAAAUUGAAGGACCCAGGAAGCUUCCAAAAUCCCUACAUCAUAGGGGAAAUAACAGUUGAAAAAGCCUUAUGUAACUUGGGAGCUAGUAUAAAUUUGAUGUCCUUAACAAUGAUGAAGAGAAUGAAGAUUGAGGAAGCCGAACCAACAAGAAUGGCUCUCCAAUUGGCAGAUCGGUCAUUCAAAUUCCCUCAUGGAAUAGUGGAAGACUUGCUAGUGACAGUAGGGGAAUUCAUAUUCCCUGCUGACUUUGUGGUAUUGGAUAUGGAGGAAGAAGCUAAGGCUUCAAUAAUAUUGGGGAGGCCAUUUUUAGCCACUGCUGGAGCCAUUAUUGAUGUCCAAAAGGGUGAACUUACCCUUCGGCUACAUGAGGAGAGGAUGGUGUUCAAUGAGGAAGAAGAGGUGAAUCCACAUCUUUUAAGCUUGAUGAGAGAACCCUCCGAAGAUUCAGAAGAGAAGAAAGAAGGAAAGGAGUUGUAG